UUUCUCUUCAAAACCGACUGGGAUUCAGAGACUCCCAACUUGUGAGGUUGGACAGACACCAUUUUAGAGCAAGACUACUCCCGAUCCCCCAUGGGGAUGGCUGGUUCGGCUUCUAAAACUGAUAUUAGAUGUCCUCAUUGCGCCUGUCCGCUUUCGAAGGAGAUGGAAACUAGUGCCUGGACAGUUGCACCUCUCGUCAGAGAUAGCUUCUCUAUGAUUGGUUCUGCUGUUGGCGGUACAGCAAGUGCUUUUUAUGGAUUCAAUUAUGUGAUGCCUAUUGUUCAGAGACGCGUAAAAGGACCUAUGUGGCUACAUUUUUUCAUUGGUGCUCCCCCUGUGAUUGUAUUCUCUUCUGCUUGUGCUGGUUUGGCAGGUGGUGCAAUUCCAGCUAUGGCGCAACUUGCUUCGUCAUCUUAUCAUGCAGUUGUCUCAUCCACGUCAUUGCCUCCUGCGACUUCCCAAGAUGAGAAGAUGCACAACUCCAGAAAUUCCUCUACUCUAUAGUCCAAAGUUGCUGUGUGUGCUUUUGACAUGAGGAAAGCAUUGAGCUUUGAUCUACGCAAUUGUCCACAUCAGUCACUGGGCUUUUGGUAGCACGAAUUUGAUCGACAUAGAGUUACUACAAUGUAAAUGUUCUCAUAAAUGAUUUGAGCCUACUUAUUAGUCCUAUCACUAAAAUGUUAUGUUAUCUGUAACUUGUUGCUGUGUUGGUAAUGACCUGGUUUUCACUUGAUUCUCCCGGAUACCUACAGCUUCCAUAAUC